AUGGACAGGAGAUACGCCCACGUCUGCCUCUGCCUGCAGCGGCAACUGUUGCCGGACUCCUCGCCCUUGGAAGAUCUCCACGAUCACUUUCGGAACGUGGACUUCCGCCCGGCGCAGCUCUUUGUGAAGCUCGGCCCUCUCAGGCUGGUCCAAUACUUCUGGGACAUGAUCCUCUUCGAAGGUGAAGCUUCCGUGGUCACCUUAUGCCUGCUGGUUCUGAGGGCGUGCGAGCCCUUCCUCCGUUUCCUGGACCAAUCGGACAUCCCCACUUUUUUCGAGAUGAUCCGGGAGUCUGACAAGCUCGCUUGGAGGUCGGAUACACUGGAGAUCUUCUGGAUCUCGCUCAUCCGAGCACAGGUGUUAAAGGACUUCGACGCGCUGCAAAGGCAGGUCCUCGAGCUGCUGGCGAAGGAUGAGGAUCGGGAGUUCACCUUCCUCAUCGUGGACAUGGAGGCUGCAUUCCCAGCUCGGCCGCCGCCGCCCCGACGCUUGGCCGAGAUGGUCGACUUCCUGGCUCCGACCUCGCAGGCGCCAAACUCGCCGUCCCUGAUCCCCAAGCGCAUCACGGACCCUUUCGUAGCGCUGUCCGCCGACACCCGCGACAGCUUCCGCGAAGGUGUGUUCGGGGCGAUGCAGAGAUUGCACAACAUCCUGGACAAGCCGAAUGCAGCAAGGUCCCGGCACCGCCUCAGAGACCCGUGA